AUGGUGUUAUUUAAGAGGAAACCCGUUCAGUACCUUCCGCGGCCUGCAAUCGAAGAUGAUAGCUCCGAGGUUUGGGUCAUACCCGAGACCAACGAGGUCUUUACAAAUUACGAGUCUUACCUACAUAGGAGGGAUUUCUACAAGCAGCGGCGGUUUAUUUGUGAAAUCACAGGUCAUUCAGGCUUGACAUUCUUCGAGGCACUUCAAAGCGAAAUGGCCGAGUCUCGAGAGCUUAAUAGUGCCUUUCCAGAAGCUUUAAAGGAGCCAAUCUUGAGGCGUGUGCAAUUUUCAACUGUGUCACGGGUUGAUCACCUUGUUGAUGAAAUAUUCGAAGAGUUCAAGCAGGACUUUUACCCUGGUGAACAGGUCACCACAGUAUUAGAAGAUAACACGCGCCUGCACGGUAUCAUUCGUGAUAAGAUGAAUUUUCCACGGCAGUAUUAUCCAGACGGGGGUGUAAAGUCGGAGGCUUAUGCACGGUAUCUGGUCAGAAUCCUCGACCGCCCUAAUGAGGAGGCACUCUUGGAUCAGGACCAUAUCACGCGUGACCGGAAAACUUUCUCCAAACAGAUGCUUCGUGCCUUUAUCAAGAACAACACCACUCGAGAAUCCUGGAACGGGGCUCCCUGGUUAGUUAAGCCGAUAAUUGCCGAAGAGUACAAAAUUGAGACAGAAGUUCCGAAACACCUCCAAUACGGUGCUCGUGUUGCUGAAAAGAAGGCUAUGAAAAAGGCGGAUCAAGAAGGACAUUUCGGAUUUUUCUCGUCUAAGAAACUUCCCGAGCUGAAGCCGGCCACUGGUAACGCUCCAAAAACAAAGCUGACACCUCAAGAGUUGGCGAGGAAUAAAGCCGAGCAGUUCCUGGAGUAUCAACGUUCACUAAAUGGCGAUCCAUCUUUCUUAGUUUCGAAGCAGCCCGGCGCAGGGCUGGCCCGUCAUGUCAAAGACACCGAUGUCGACAAGACACUACCAGCUGUCCCCGCAGUUGUCGUUAAAACAGAACUCCCACCUGUCCCCAUUAUCAAAUAUCCGAUUGAAGAUUUGGACGUCAAAUAUGACCCUACUCGAACAAUUCGCCCGAAGCUAAAGUCUGGCGUGGAUUCAAUUACAGAUAUUUCUCAUGAUAGUGAUCUAUUACAGGAUGAGAUUACGCCCGAAUCUGCCGGUCACUUUCUUGAGACAUGGAAUACCUUGAACGUGUACUGCGAAGUAUACCAACUGGAUUCUUUCACCUUUGACGAUUUUGUGAAAGCCUUCCGGUUCUCGUCGAAAGAAAUAGAUUGCGAACUGUUUGUGGAGGUUCAUUGUGCAAUCCUCAAAAAGCUAGUCAACGGUAUCAACGACGACGGCGGAGCAAUUCAGGUUUCAUUGCCUGACUUACCACAGGAGUCAUCUGAUGAAUCAGAUUCCGAAGAGGAAGCGGAGGAAGAGCCUACCCCUGAGCCUGAACCUGUUGUUACUCGAAUGACCACGAGAAGUAGUCUAGCUAAAGCGGAAGCUGCUAAUUUACAAUCGCAACUUGACUCCGGUACCGGUGGAGAUUCAGGAAAGCCUCACGUGCAUCGGGCUCACGAGCUCUUCGAGCGAUAUGAUUGGAUUGACAGGCUACGAAAACGCGACUUCCGUAAUGGUGGAUGGGAAUCAAUCAUGGCUGGGCUUCUUAAUCAAUUAUCUGUACAGCCAAAGAUGGAAAAGGUUUGUGAUGAGAUUCUGAAACAUCUCACUCCUCUAGACAUUGAACCAACACAGGAAAGUGUCGGUGCACAAUACGCGACACUCAAUGUCAAUCUCCGUAUUCGCGCACUACAGAUAAUCUGCAUGCUUAGCCUGGAGACCAAGGCUAUCAGGAAUUACCUCGAGGAGUGUAGUAACCAAAUGACGGAAUUCCGCAAGGAAAAAAUCGAACAUCAACGAGCACGGAAAUCAGCUCUCGAGGAGUUACGAAAACUGCAUGUUGAGAGGAAAGAAAAUGAACCUGAGUCAGAAAGGGGUGAUAAGAACAGGGAAAAUGACAAGCCAGGCAAUGAGAGGUCAAUGGAUGAAACCUUAGACUCCUCCGUACUUGCGGAAAACAUGGAAGAGGAUGUUGACACUGAUGAAGUAAUGGACACGGAGGACGACAACCCACGUGGUCCAUCGCUCCGUGGAGGAAUGGAUCGCAUUAUGGAACGCAAGCGACGACGGGAUGCUGAACGAGAACGGAGGGAGCAAUUGGCGAAGCAGCCUAAGGGAUCUAAGCAAUAUCAGAGAAUACUGAAGAAAAUUGACGAAGUGGAAGCUAAGAUUGCGGCCUUGGAGGAUGAAAUCGCGGUGGUUGAUAACGAUCUUCGUGAAGCAGAUUGCCCAAGAACGAGAUGCUUGGGUAAGGAUCGAUUUUGCAAUCGGUAUUGGUGGUUCGAACGCAAUGGUAUGCCCUAUGAAGGUCUACCAAACAGCUCUACGGCAGACGCGAAAUAUGCAAACGGUCGAUUAUGGGUACAAGGUCCCGAUGAUAUGGAGCGGGAGGGAUUUUUGGAGCCACCUGAAAGCCUCAAGAAAAUAUACGUCAAAGAACACCGGGUCAGUCCAGCUGAGCGCAAGAGCCGAGAGGAGGGCGGGACGAGUCUUCCAAAUGCCCAUCAUUGGGCAUACUAUGAUGAGCCCGGCCAAUUCGAUGAUCUGCUUAAAUGGCUUGAUAUACGCGGCGUGCGAGAGAUCAGAUUGCGAAAGGAGCUGCAAUUGCAGCGUGAUUAUAUCGUGAAGCAUAUGGAAUAUCGUCGCGAAUAUCUGUCACAGACCACGGAGAGAGCAGAAUCUGAGGACGUCCCAGCCAAGCGUAUGUCUACAAGAACCAAGGCCAAUGUCGAUGACGGAAAGCACCGAUGUUUAAGGUGGAAGAACACAACUGCACUUAGUGAAAAUGGACAUCUUCAUGUCGACGCAGCUCGCCUUACAAAACGAGCGAAGAGGGCGACAGACGAACCCAAAGAGUUGAAGGCGGCCAAUAAACAGGGUAAACCUUUGAGUCGACAAGGAUCUCGAUAUAAAUUCUAA